CUCUUCCACCCCUGCGAUGGUUUCUCCGGGAAGCACCGGGACUUAGGGCCGCCGCUUCCUGCUUUCCGCGUCUGUCUUGUACCUGGUCCUCGCAGCAACCGUUGGGAGUCCAAAAAUCAACAUGUCCAGCAAAAAGGCAAAGACGAAGACCACCAAGAAGCGCCCUCAGCGUGCCACUUCCAAUGUCUUUGCAAUGUUUGAUCAGUCGCAGAUUCAAGAAUUCAAGGAGGCCUUCAACAUGAUCGACCAGAACAGGGACGGCUUCAUUGACAAGGAGGACUUGCAUGACAUGCUCGCCUCCCUUGGAAAGAAUCCCACAGAUGAAUACCUGGAUGCCAUGAUGAAUGAAGCUCCAGGCCCCAUAAACUUCACAAUGUUCCUGACCAUGUUUGGUGAGAAGUUAAACGGCACCGAUCCGGAAGAUGUCAUCAGGAACGCUUUUGCUUGCUUUGAUGAGGAAGCCACAGGGUUCAUUCAGGAGGACUACCUGCGGGAGCUGCUGACCACCAUGGGUGACAGAUUCACAGAUGAAGAGGUGGAUGAGCUGUACAGAGAGGCGCCCAUCGACAAAAAGGGCAAUUUCAACUACAUCGAGUUCACGCGCAUCCUGAAACACGGAGCCAAAGACAAGGAUGACUGAGCGUAUCCACGGACACCUGCAGAUAACUUCCCCUCAUUGCCACCCUCCCCCCAGUUUUGUUUCUCCUGAUCUAUUCUUUUUUCUUGUUGGGACCUCUUGCAUACAUUUCUAGCAUUCCAGCUUUUAUCGUCUGUGGACUCUGGGGCUGCUUAGGCACACCUGCACCUUUGUAGAAAGAUUGGAAAUGGGCAGGGGGAGAGGACAGCUUACAGGGAGAGACAUUUAGGGAUAAAGAUCAGGGAGUGUGGAGGUCCAGGCAAAAAUGUCAGUGCUACACAUCCUAGCUAGAUAAAUUUUCCGUUUUUGAUGGUAACUUUUCAAAUAAAACACUGCUAAAUUAGGUACAUCAUUAAAAUUUUCAUGCUAGGAGUGCACUGUUUAUCUAAUCAUAACUGUAAAUAUUUUUGUAACUGUAUGCAGUGGUGGUGUUACCUGUUUUUGCCUUAAAAAUGAAGGAUAAGUCACUUUAGCAUCCUGAGGUUUGUACUUCUGCAACUGAGCACUUCACUUACUAUUGUAAGCCUAUCCAAUGAAGAAAUUGCCAUCCUCUGAAUUUAGUACAUUGUAAAUUAAUGAUUUCUGUCCAAGACUUGCACAUUAAACAUUGUGGCUCUUACAGAAGUAAUUGAGGGGGUAUUUUAUCACCUUAGCGUCUCCAGUUCUUGAUAGUGAGUACAAUAUCAAUACUGCUUUUUUAAAACUUACAUGGUAAAUCCUAGGGUUUUGUUACAGAAUGAUGCUGUGUGUGAGUAGAAUGCUUGAGCAAUGCUUCUUACCCAGAUCCACAAGACUGACAACAUAGAAUUUACAUUUCCUUGCCACCAUUUUUUUCCCUUUUUUUUUCCUCUUCCCAUCUUUAUUUUUUCAAAGCAUGGUGAGAAUGGGGUUGGAUGAAGAAGGGAGGUUUUCUUUCUCUGACCUUUUUGUUUUUUAUCUGAAAACAUUAUUUUUGCUUUCCAAAUGAAACAAUACACAAUAUAUUUUUAAGAGAUUCCACUGAGAGUGGUGUUUCGAGUGUGUGAGAAGGAAGGAUUUGUUUUUGUUCCAUUUCUCAUAUCCUCUAGUUCUUGUGGUGUGGAUUGCAUAGCAGAUUUGUUACAGUUCUCUGAAGCAACUUUGACAUAAUCUGAAUACUUGUGGUUCUGGGGGUUUUUGUCUUGAAAGGAAGGAUGAUCAGAGCUGCUUCUGUCACUUCUAGGAAUUAUAUUGUUAUCCCUUAAGAAUUUAUGUUACAAAAUUAAGAAAUGUCAUUUAGCUGAAAACAUUUUGCUGUUUCUUGGUAGGAUGCUGCUGCCAACCAAACUUUUAAUAAAUUUAGUUAGAGGACAGUGAUUAUUUGUUUUAGAAAUACACUGUUCUUUCAUAAAUAAACUACCAGGCAUAACUGCCAUGUUUUGAGAAGGACAA